AUGAUGCUUACUCGUGCGAUUCGAGUUGCAGCUGCGCCCAAGCGCUUGAGCGCGGUGAACCUGUUCUCUACCUCAGCCGCUAUCAACGAUGCUGCCCAUAAGGUCGUUGUUAUUGGCGGUGGUUCCGCUGGUCUCUCUGUCUCUCACCAGCUACUCAACACCGGCAAGUUCAAGGAAGAUGAGAUUGCGGUGGUUGAGCCGUCGCAGUGGCACAACUACCAGCCUGGCUGGUCCCUAGUAGGUGGCGGUUUGAAGACGCGUGAGUCGCUCCGCCGCGAAGAGAGCACCCUCAUCGACCCGAAGAUCCAUUUGUACAAGGAUGCUGUGACUACGAUGGAGCCUGAACAAAACCAGGUGACUACGUCGUCUGGCGAGAAGCUGACGUACGAGCACCUUGUGAUUGCUUCUGGAUACACGAUCACGCUGGACGGUAUUAGUGGCCUCAAGGAAGCGCUGGCCGACCCCUCCAGCAACGUCGCGUCCAUCUACACGUACGACUCUGUAGUAGAUGUCUUCCCGAAGAUCAACAGGCUGAAGGAGGGUCGGGCUAUAUUCACGCAGCCUGGCUCUCCUAUCAAGUGUGCUGGUGCCCCACAGAAGAUUAUGUGGCUUGCACUGGACCAUUGGCAGAAGAACGGCUUGUACAAGAAGGACGCUAGCUCGCCGAUCAAGAUUGAUUUCGCGACGGGUAUGCCGACUAUGUUCUCUGUUCCAAAGUACAGUGAAGUUCUCAACAAGCUGCGUGAGGAGCGCGGUGUGGGCGGUUACUUCCAGCACAACCUCGUGGCUAUCGAGGACAAUGGUAAGACGGCCGUGUUCCAGAAGGGUGACGAGAAGGUCCGUAUGCCUUUCGACUUUUUGCAUGUGACGCCCACCAUGGCCCCACCUGCUUUCCUCAAGAACUCGUCCCUGUCGAACGAGGGUGGUUAUGCCAACGUGAGUCAGGACACGCUGCAGCACGUGAAGUACAGCAAUGUGUGGUCACUAGGUGACUCGAGCUCGCUGCCUACCAGUAAGACUGCUGCGGCUAUUACCGGUCAAGCGCCUGUACUUGUGACCAACCUGACCAACGCGUUGGAUGGCAAAGCGCCCAGUGCCACGUACGAUGGUUACACGUCUUGCCCGCUCUUGACCGAGUACGGCAAAGUCUUGUUGGCUGAGUUCAUGUACGGCUUGAAGGUCAACGAAUCGUUCGCCAAGUUUGGCAUCGACCAGGGUAAGCCGCAGCGUGCCUUCUACUACCUGAAGAAGGACUUUUUCCCUUGGGUGUACUACAACAGCAUGGUGAAGGGUACCUGGGCCGGUCCGAAGGGCUGGCUUAGCGGUAAGCGCUCGUUCUCAACUAGCACACGUGCGAUGCGCAAUACCCCUACGCGUCACCCUCGUGACCCUUUGGACUAUAGUGCGCAGGCUGUUCGGUUUCCGCUAGAGAGUGGUGAAACUUUCAUCGCACGCUCAGCACCAUCGCAGGACACUGGUCGUGUCUCUUUUGGAACGGCUCAGGCACUGUUCGAGAAUGCUUCGCCUCUGUCGCCAGAAGAAGAGGCCAAGAUGCCGCCACAGCUGCGUUCGCAAAGCACUCGUGCUGAGUCGAACAACCUGACAAAGGCACAGAUCCAGGAGAUGCAGCAACUCCGUCAUCAGGACCCUUACAAAUUCACGGCUAGUGUCCUUGCAAAGAAGUUCGGAUGCUCACCAACAUUUGUUAGCAUCGUCGCCCCUGUAUCGAAAGAGGUGCGCUCCGCUCGUAACGCAGAGAUGGAGUUGAAGAAGGUUACCUGGGGUAUGAACAAACGCAUUGCACAAGAGCAACGCCGUGAACGUAAGGCGCUUUGGUAA